UCCUCCUUUCCCCCGUCUAAUUUCUCCACCCCCAAAAUCCAAUCCGACGCUCCCCCAGAAACCCUAGCAAUCUUCCGCCAUGAAAUCCGCCGCCACCUCCAAGCCCAAGCCGCGGCCCAAGCCUCCGCCGCCGCCGCCGCCGGAGGCUUCCUCCAAGGCCUCCUCCUCCUCCUCCUCCGCCGCCGAUCCCAACUCCAAGCGCUCCGGCCCCACCCCCACCCCCACCCCCGCCGCCGCUAACCCCACGAACAGCGCUAACCCCAACUCCGCCCCGCUCCUCCCCUCCCCGCACCCGCGCCUCCCCUCGCCGCACCACCACCUCCCGCCGCCGCAGCAGCAGCAGCCUCCGCCGCUGCCACCGUCUCGGCCGCUGCUGACGGUGGCGGCGGUGGAGGCGGCCAUGGCGUCCAUCCCGCCCCCGCCGCAGUACGGCCUCGAGAGCCUCGACCGGCGGAACGUGGUGCUCUCCGACGGCACCGUGCGCACCUACUUCGCGCUCCCGCUCGAGCCGCCGCCGCAGCUCCGGCAGCCUCUGCCGCUGCCGCUGCCGCCGUUCCCCGCGCGCCAGCUCGGCCCUCCGGUCGGUCUCCCGCCACCUACCGCCGAGAGAUGGGCCCCGAUGCGGCCGCCCGCGGCCUUGCUGCCAAUGCCGGCGCCCAAGCGGAAGUGGGAGGGUCAGGCCAAUGGUAGUGUCCCCGGGGAGUCCUCGGGUCGCCAGCAGCAGCAGAAGCCGGAGGAGAAGCGCGUCGCGAAGCAGGUGAAGGUGGAGACGCCAGACGUGGAUGCGAAGCAGCUGAAGAGCUCCUUCCUUAAGAUGGUUAAAUUAAUGAACGAGAAUGCGGAGCAGAAGAAGAAUUACAGGGCCAACGGGAAGAUUUCGCAGCUGAAAUGCACCGUGUGUGGAAGGGAUUCCAUAGAUUUGCAUUCACUCCUCAAUCAUUCAUACUAUGCGAAGAGUGCAGAGCUUCGUGCUGAUCAUCUUGGGUUGCACAAAGCUUUGUGUGUUCUUAUGGGUUGGAAUUACUCCGUAGAUCCUGUGCACAAAAAGGCUUACCAAACAUUAUCUACUGCUGAUGCUGAAGCCAAUCAAGGAGAUCUUAUUUUAUGGCCACCAACAGUCAUAAUUGAGAACACAUACAAGUCAAAGAAUGAUGGACAAAAGGAUGGCAUGAGUAAUAAAGAGAUGGAGGGCAAGCUCAGAGAAAUGGGCUUUGUGGGUGCAAGCGUGAAGCCACUCUCUGGAAAGGAUGGACAGAGAUCCAUGCUGGUGAAAUUUGCUAGCAGCCUCGCUGGUCUCAGCGAGGCCGAGAGGCUUGCUCAGUCCUUGGAGAAACAAGGCCAUGGACGCGCUGAAUGGUAUCGCGUCCGUAGUGUUCCCCCUGGUGCUGAUGGGGGCAGCAAUCCGCUGCUUGUGAAAGUGGGCGCAAAGGGGGAACGGACAUGGGUCCUAUAUGGCUACUUGGCGACCGCAUGGGACCUGGAUGCACUCGACCUGGAGUCGAAGCAAAAUGCUGUAAUAAAGAGCAGAAAAGAGCUCGAUUUGUCAUAAUAGGAUCAACCCUGCUAGAGCUGUGUGUGUUGGAAAUCAGUGAUUCAGUUCUUGUAAUUUAUGUAGACAGCAACUGGAUGGCGGGAGCAGGAGCAUGAUUUAAGAGGUUUACCUGACUAGGUCGAAGAGUUGAAUUGUCAGGAUUUUUUCUAUCGAAUAGCCGAUUUCAAUACAUAAUCCCAAGAACUGAUAACUGAUUUGGUUGCAAAGAAGUGUUGGAACUCGAAACAGAUAGGAGAUUCUCACUGUCCACAUGACAUGCCAGUUCCGGACGUGUCAAGUUGAAAAUUUAAAAGUUGAGCAACUGUAUUUUAAAUGGAUGCAUGAACAUUCUAUGUAUAUAUAUUCGUCUUCAGAAGUAUAA